AUGAGCUAGUCGGAUUCAGAUAACAAGGCCGAAUUAUCUGAGGAUUACGACGAUGAUUUUGUUGAAGAAAAGCCCAUUGAACCCAGACCUUAUAAAACACCUCAUGAUGAUGAAACCAUUCAAGAUAUUCUAUCUCUAUACGUUAAGGAUAGACCCCUAAUCAAAAUGCAGUUCAUCAAAAAGAGAAAGGAAUUUGGAUUGACAUUCAAAUUUAGUGAUCAAGAGACUUCCGAAAGGACCGGAGAAAUCAAGGCAUUAGACAAGGACCCCCUCUAAUUAGUCAAAAAUAAAGUUAUAGAUAUGGGCAUACAAGGAUGUAAUCCUGUUUUAGAUGCUUCCUCUCAAACAGUGUGGAACAGAAAAAUUAACAAAGCACUUCAAGUCGACGAAGGAGAUGAGAGAUAGGAACAACCUGAUGAGGAUUUUAAACUUCUAAAAUUUUUAGAAACUGUCUAUCCAUUAAUGGAAGAAGCUCUUUAAUCAAAUGAAACUAUUGAUAUUUACUAAGAUGAUUUCAAUGUCCUUCCAUCAUCUGAUCUAAAUGGAGACUAAAAUGCUGAACUUACAAAUGUAAUCAAAGAAAUCAAAAGUUUCAGUUAUUUAAAUUGUAAAGGGAAAAAAAUACAGUGCAUACAAUUCUAACCAUCUAGUCAGGCAAUCAAAUCAAAAUAUAUUGUUGCAGAGUCUUUUGUGGAAAAUCUAUUAUUUGAAGAAAGAGUUAUUUCAUAAUUGAAGUCUCAUAAAUCUUUGGUGGUGUUUUGGGAUUUUGAAGAUAUCCAUUCAAUUGAACCAGUUUUACUAUUAUAAUCGCCUCUUGAAAUACUAGCAUUUGAAUUCAACCCAAAAGACCCUAAUAUUAUUAUAGGAGGAGCAAUUAAUGGAUAAGUUAUGCUUUGGGAUUUAAGUGGAACAGCACUUUCUGUUUUUGCAUCCAAAAAAACAUAAAAAACUAAACAAGAAAGAAAUGAAAUACAAGAGUUAUUACCAAAAAUGACAUCAGCUCUUUAAGACCCUGCUUCAUACUAAGCAGCUGCAGCAAACGAUGUAUUGAAAAAGUAGGUUGCAUCCCACAAAAGCCCUGCAUUAGCCCUUAAAUGGUUCCCUAUAGGAAUGGAAUUCGAUAAAAAACACUUUAACCAUCUUAUUCUAACCACAUCAUAGGAGACAUAUUAAUUCGCAAGUAUUAGUGCUGAUGGUCAAAUUUUGUUUUGGGAUACACGUUUGAUAGAUAAGGACAGCAAAAAGACAUAAUAAGAUAUUUCAUCUAUUCCCUGGAAAGCUACAUAUGGAAUAUAAUUAUAUCGACCUGAAGGAGGUGGAAUGAUGGGUGGUGGAUACUUGCAAUUUAGAAAGAAUUAGAAAACACCCACAUUGUCUGGGACAUCUGAUGAAGGAGAAGUUUUCAUUUUAGAUUGGGGUGAAAGAUAGGGAGAAGAGGGAUAAAAGAAUUAAUUAGUCACAACGAUAUGGCAGUAGGCAAGAAGCAUGAGACCUCCUAUAGCAUUGGAUGUUAGUCCAUUUUUCGAUGAUAUCAUUCUUACUUUACACGAUUUCAAUUUUUGUGUAUGGAAACAUAAUUCAACCUAACCAAUAUUUGAUAGUCUAAUUUUGAAAGGUGCACAUAUAACUUGUGGUGGAUUCUCUCCAUUUAGAGCAGGAGUAAUUAUCAUUGGAAAAACUGAUGGAAACCUAGAUGUGUGGGAUAUGUUAGAUUAAUCACAUAAAUGGACACUAUAAUUUUAGGUUGUAGCUUGUGCUAUCACUUCAUUGAAGUUUAAUGACAAUAUGGCACAUAUCGUGGCUGUUGGUGAUUCAGAUGGUACCUUGCAUUUAUUAGAAUUCCCUUAAAGUUUAUGCAAAGAUCAAGGGAAUGAAAUAAAAGUCAUGAGAUAAUUUUGGGAUAGAGAAGUCAGGAGGGUCAAUUAUUAUUAGGAAAGAUUUAAGCUUAGAGAAUAGCAAGCCAAGGAACAAAAUGAGAAAGAGAUUUUAGCUCAAGCGAUGAAAGAAACAAAACAACCAGGAGAUACUAAAGUUCUAGAUGAAAUAUCAAAUUUUGAGAGCGAGUAUUAAAAGUUCAGAGACACAUUACUUGGAAUAGCUCCUAAAGUUGAAGAUGAAAAAGGGAUUAGUAAAUAAAAAAAGUGA